CCUACCGUCACUACUGUUGUUUCCACGAUCGUGGAAACGAUCGUUCCUGACAGUCGGACUGUCAGGAAUCGGUUAAUACAUUGUAAGCAUGACGUCUGACUCAUAACCGUCUUACUCAAAAUCCCAUCUCCUGUAUCUUGGAAGGCUGUCUAAUCUGGAUUCCACUACUUUCCUGUCAACGUGCACUAUUCGAGAACUUUAGUGGUUCCUCGUGACAAUUAAUACAAUAAUCUCUACAUUUAGUCCUCACAAUGUGGCUGCAAACAGAAGGACAUCGCCUUGUAAGAUCUCACGAUGUACUUUUCUUGGCAGUCAGUAACCUGGUGGUCUCGGGAGUGACCGUUGUCCUAAUCUUCCUGACAGCCGGGCUUUUCGCUGACUGGUCCUGGUCCGGCUGGUCGAAUUCGGCGUCCCGGGAUUUCUUCCGCCUGCAUAUCUUCGUGCUAAUGUACCCGCUGAAUUACGGCAGCUUGGGCGUCAAAGCUUAUUCCGGAAAGUUCUGCAACUACAAAUGCGAGAAGCACUUAACAGCCGGGGAUCGCGGGAACGCCCGGCAGUAUUUUGACCGGGUGUUCAACAUCAAUGCAUUGGCGCUCGUCACCUUAGUGCCUGAACUGUACCACUUCGUAUCCUUCCGCCUGUGCAUGAGUACCCACACGGGGCUUAACUCAACACAGGAGUGCUGGUUCGGCGCCGGUGCUAAUGGUACUGGUGCUGAUGCUGGUGGGUCAUCGGCUUCGAAGCCUCACCGAGCAUUCGUGGACUUUGGCUACAUGUACAUUCUGAUAGACGGCAUCCACAUGGCGAAUGCUCUCUUCUCCAUGGCUAUGAGCACAAUGAUUAUGCGUAAGAUGGACACAAAGAAAACCACCGUGGAUGGGAACGGAGAUCAUGAAAAUGUUGGCAGUUCGGAGGCCGGCACUGGAAGAAACCAAGGGAUGGAUAGGAAAGACACCGAUGGCCCUCUGCUGUGUAUCGUGUGUGAAAGUGAAAGGAUGACCCGGCAAAAGGAGAAGCAAAGACAGAAGAAUCUCCAAGAAAUCAACGAAGAGAUCGUUAGAUUGCAAGCCCUACUGGUAUCAGCUGAAGCCCUGAAACGCAGGUAUGCUCUCUUACCUAUAGCGGACGGGAAUCCCGGGUUGAAUUGAAUACGCUGAACUGGCUGAAGUGCUGUUUCCGUUGAAGUGCUGUUGUAGUUCUAAUUACCUGGGCUUACACUGCGUGUUUUGCCCAGAUCGCUUAAAUUCGUGCGGAAUAAUGCAGUUAACAUAUUAUGAUGCGUGGUCGAAGUUAGCAAACUUAUUUACAAUGACAAUAUCUUGGUACACGAAAAGUACAAAAUAUUGGUUUUGUUUCGCUAUACAAUAUGUAUAUGGUCUGUUAAUCUGUAUAUGGUCUGGUUUAAGGGAUUACAGUUAUCUGCAAUAUUAUGAUCUAUGAUGGUUAUGAAUACCUGUAAUAUUAUCGAUGUACGAGUAUUUGUGAAUUGUACUUACGGUUACUAUGAGUGG